CACCCCUCCCCAACUCCGGCCUCAGCCUCGAGCCCAGGGCCGAUCCGGAAACAGCCGAGCGGAUCCGGAAACAGCCGAGAGGACCCGGAAGCGGUGAGCGCCGUCACCACGGAGUGCGGGAACCCGCCGUUUGAGCGGAGGCGAUGGCGGCACCUGCGAUGGCGGCACCUGCGCCGGCGGCCGUGGGCGAGGAUGGCCGGCGGCGGCAGCCGGAGGCCGCGCUGGACCCCCAGACCCCGAAAGGGGCAAAAGUUGAGGCCGAGUCAGGGGAGCUCGACCGGCUUCGGGCUGAGCUGGCAGGCGCCCUGGCAGAAAUGGAAACCAUGAAGGCUGUGGCCGAGGUGAGCGAGAGCACGAAGGCCGAGGCUGUGGCUGCAGUGCAGCGGCAAUGCCAAGAGGAGGUGGCCUCGCUUCAGGCCAUCCUGAAAGACUCCAUCAGCAGCUAUGAAGCCCAGAUCACGUCUCUGAAGCAGGAGCGGCAGCAGCAGCAGCAGGACUGUGAGGAGAAGGAGCGGGAGCUGGGGCGCCUGAAGCAGCUGCUGUCCAGGGCUCCCCCCCUGGACUCCUUGGAGAAGCAGAUGGAAAAGGCCCACGAGGACUCGGAGAAGCUGCGGGAGAUUGUGUUGCCUAUGGAGCAGGAGAUUGAGGAGCUGAAGGCGAAAUUGCUGAGGGCAGAGGAGCUGAUCCAAGAGAUCCAGAGACGUCCCCGGCAUCCCCCUUCGCUGCACGGCUCCACGGAGUUGCUCCUGUCCCGGGACCCAUCUCCCCCACUGGAGCCUCUCGAGGAGCUGAGUGGAGACGGGGGUGCGGCGGCCGAGGCCUUCGCCCACAACUGUGACGACAGCGCCUCCAUCUCCUCCUUCUCCCUCGGCGGUGGGGCCAGCGGCAGUGCCUCCCUGCCCCGCAGCCGCCAUGGCCUGAGCCCCGAGCAGGAGGAGACAGCCUCUCUGGUGUCCACGGGCACCCUGGUCCCUGAGGGCAUCUACCUGCCCCCUCCUGGUUACCAGCUCGUCCCAGACAACCAGUGGGAGCAGCUGCAGGUGGAGGGGCGGCAGCUGCAGAAGGACCUGGAGAGCAUCAGCCGGGAGCGGGACGAGCUGCAAGAGGGCCUGAGACGGAGUAACGAGGACUGCGCCAAGCAGAUGCAGGUGCUCCUGGCCCAGGUCCAGAACUCCGAGCAGCUGCUGCGGACCCUGCAGGGGACAGUGAGCCAGGCCCAGGAGCGGGUUCAGCUGCAGAUGGCAGAGCUGGCCACCUCACACAAGUGCCUGAGCCACGAGGUAAAGCGACUGACUGAGGAAAACCAAGGGCUCCGGGCUGAGCAGCCGCCGUCUUCAGCGCCCCGGGGCCUGGAGCAGGAUGAGGGCCAGGAGGAGUCGCUGCCCAGCUCGCUGCUGGAGCUGCGGCAGCUGGUGCGCCGCACGCAGCAGGAGGCGCGGGCCCGCCAGCAGGCCCAGGAGCACGAGGCCGAGCGGCUGCGGAUUGAGAUCGUGACCCUGCGGGAGGCGCUGGAGGAAGAGACAGUGGCGAGGGCCAGCCUGGAGGGGCAGCUGAGGGUGCAGCGGGAGGAGACAGAGGUGUUAGAGGCCUCCCUGUGCAGCCUGAGGAUGGAGAUGGAGCGGGUCCAGCAGGAGCAGAGCAAGGUCAGACAGCAGGAAGUCCUGAGGCAGCCACCGGGCUCGGGCCGCACAGAAGAGCUCUAUGUCCUAUGCCCCCAGGCCCAGCUCACAGACCUCCUCUCGGAACAGAGGGCAAAGAUGCUGCGGCUGCAGGCUGAGCUGGAGACCAGUGAGCAAGUGCAGAGGGAUUUCGUACGACUGUCCCAGGCCUUGCAGGUGCGCCUGGAACGGAUCCGCCAGGCAGAGAGUCUGGAGCAAGUGCGCAGCAUCAUGGACGAGGCGCCCCUCAGGGACGUCAGGGACAUCAAGGACACCUGAGGGGCCAGCACCGCCCACCCUGGGGGGAGACCGUCUUUCUACACUCCUGAACCGUGAGGCCGAGGCUUUGGGGGUCUCAGGAUGGAGUCUUCGCCCUCUCCAAGCCUGGGGUUGAGGUGACGGGGCCACUGCUGCCCUGUCCCUCCAGCACCUCCUCCCAGGGACAGCUGGGCCUUCUGCUUCCAAAGAUGACCCCUGGGUGAGGGUCCCAACCCCCUCUGGAAACCAGAGGGGCAGGCUCAGCCCUGUGGCUUUCUGGCUGCCAUGCUGCCUCCUGGGCUCCAAGCCUCCCGCCCCCGCCCCCACCCAGCCUAACAGCCACGCCUGUUACCUCCGUCCCCUUCCCCAGGCACAGCCGAGCUGUGAGUGGUGGCUGGGAGCCCUGGGUCGUGUCCCCGGGUCCCUCCACACACGCGCCCUGGGACAGGUGGCUGCUUCCUGGACUGCAUGACACUAAGAUGCUUGUCCCCAGGGGCUCGAACCAGGCCCCAAGGUGUGCACGGAGACAAGGCCAGAUUUUUCUGUCAUUUAUUUUCAAUAAAUAAGCAGCUCAGCUCAA